AUGACAGACCCAACGGGACUAUCGGGAGUGGAUAAAAUAACUCUGUUCAGCGCCUGGGGACUCAUUCGGAAGGACUUGGACAUUCACGGUCGAAACAUAUUGCUGCUCCUUUUCCAACAACACCCCGAAUACUUGGCGUACUUCGAUUUCUCCGAUGACACUACGGCCCUGUCGCUGGUGGACAACAAAUCCCUGUUCAGCCAGUCGAUUCUGGCAAUCAAAACGUUCGGUGCCCUCAUCGAGUACGGCCUGGAGGAUGCGGUGUUGUUUCACGAAACACUGCGAAAGGUGGGCCGUUGGCACGGUAACAUACAGGCGCGCGAUGUGCUGAUCAUUGGGAAUGUUUUGUUGGCCUAUCUUAAGCAGGCGCUAGGUCGCCAAGCCCCGACAACACUGGAUGAAGCUUUUCGCAACCUUUUCGUCACCAUCUCGAACCGCUUUCCAACGCGCGCGGAAGCCAGUAGUGCUUCAGACCCCAUUUAA